AUGCCCUCCCUCCUCACCCUCACGGCGACCGUCGCCCUAAGCGGCGCUCUCGUCCACGCCUCCUUCGACAACAACCUCGCCUACCGCAGCCCUUCGAACCGCCACCCGACGCUAGGCGUGUCCCUCUCCCACGUCUCCAAGCGCCAUGUCCAAGCCGGCAGCAGCCUGUUCACCCCGGCCGAGGUCAACUUCACCCACGGCGUGGCCUCGGGCGAUCCGUAUGCUGACUCUGUGAUCCUCUGGACGCGUCUCUCGCCUUUCCCCGGGACUGUGGCGUCGGAUAUUGUGCCAGAGGGGGUGGUGCCGAUUUAUGACCAUGAGGAGGGGGCGCCGCCGUCGGAUAAGGCCGCGUGUGUGGAGUACCGCGUUGCGACGGAUGAGGGGUUGACGCAGGUUGUUGAUCAGGGGAGGGCGUAUACCACGAGUGAUGUGGACUAUACCGUGAAGUUCGAGGCCACCAAUCUCCAACCCUUCACAACCUAUUACUACCAAUUCCACGUCUGCGACUCCUCCAAGACCAGCCCCGUCGGCCGCACCAAGACCAUCCCGGCCCGCGACCAGCACGUCGACCGCAACAUCAACCUCGCCGUCUACUCCUGCAGCAACUUCCCCGAAGGCUACUUCACCGCCUACCGGCAACCCGCCCUCAAAGACUCCGUCGACUACAUCCUCCACCUCGGCGACUACAUCUACGAGUACAAACCCUCCUCGUCCCUCCCCAACCGCAACCCCUCCCCCACAGACCACGAAACCUACACCCUCUCCGACUACCGCGCCCGUCUCGGCGCCUACCGCACCGACCCCGACCUCCUCCUCUCCCACGCCCGUUUUCCCUGGAUCCCCGUCUGGGACGACCACGAAGUCGCCGACAAUUCCUGGCGGAACGGUUCGACGGAUUCGGAUGGCCAAGUCUUCCGGGACAGGAAGAAGGCCGCUGUGAGAGGGUACUUUGAGUGGAUGCCGAUUCGCCAGGUGGCGAUGGAUGAUUCGUUGAGGGUGUGGCGGGGUUUUGCGCUGGGGACGCUGAUGGAUGUGGUGAUGCUGGAUACGAGGCAGUAUGAUCGGGAUGUGACGGUGAUCGGGGGGAUUGGCGGGGUGGUCGGGGGGAAUAGUGGGCAGUUGGAGGAGGAGGUGGGGUGGGCGAAUCGGACGCUGAUGGGGUUUACGCAGGAGAAGUGGUUUUAUGAUCAGUUGCGGGAGUCGUCGGCGCGGGGCGCCGCGUGGAGGGUGGUGGGGAAUCAAGUGGUGUUUAGUCGGUUGACGUUGGGGGUGUUGGGGAGUGAGCAGCCGUUUAAUCGGGAUCAGUGGGAUGGGUAUUUGGCGAAUCGGGAUCGGGUGUAUCAGGCGUUGGAGGAAGGGAGGAUUAAUAAUACGGUGAUGUUGUCGGGGGAUUCGCAUGCCGCGUGGGUGUCGGAUUUGGCGUGGUUGGGGAAGAGGGAUUAUGAUGAGACGACGGGGGAUGGGGCGUUUGGGGUGGAGUUGGCUGGUACCGCGGUGACGAGCAGUGGGUUUGUGCCGAGUUGGACGCCCAAGUUUGUGGCGAACGCGCUGUCGAAGCGGUUGAUUGACAAGAACCCGGAGCUGCAGUGGCAGGAGUUGUAUUACAGGGGGUAUUUUGAGAUGAGUGUUGGGUAUGAUGCAAUCGUGGCUAAGUUUUGGGGUAUUUCGAACAUCAAGAAGCAGAACGGUGAGGAGGUGCUGUUGGCGGAGUUUUUGAUUCGCAACGGGGAGAACCGGUUGGCGCGGAAUCCGACUGUGGGAGGUGGAAAGGCGAAGGCGGGUGCGUUGAAGAAUGGGAAGAUUGAGUAG